CCCCCCCCGCCCGGCCCGGCGUCCCCCGCGCGCCGAGCUGGGGUGGGGCGAGCGGACUCCAGUCCGGAACUGUGGCGCUCGGACUCCCCAGCCGCCCGGGCUGCGGGCUCGGGGUGGGCGUGGGGGGCGCCAUGGAGCCUCGGGCGGUGGUAGAUGCUGUAGAGUCGGGCAAGGAAGACGAGAUUAUGGAGGCUCUGCGCACGUUUAACCGGGAGAACUCGCAGAGCUUCACGUUUGAAGAUGCCCAGCAGGAGGACAGGAAGAGGCUUGCGGAACUGCUGGUUUCGGCCCUGGAACGGGGCUUGCCGGCUGCGGGCCGUGUCACCUGGCUGCAGAGCAUCCGAAUCCUGUCCAGGGACCGAAGCUGCCUGGACUUGUUCACCAGCCUCCAGAGCCUGCAGGCACUUGCCCACCACGCUGGCAUUUCCAGUUCCGACGGGUUGGUCCCCGAACCCCCGGAUAUGGACAUUGUGCUCGAAUCUCUCAAGUGCCUGUGCAAUCUUGUGCUCAGCAGCCCCGUGGCACAGGUGCUGGCCGCAGAGGCCCACCUGGUGGUGAGGCUAUCUGAGCGAGUAGCUCGGUACCGGGAGAGAAUCUUUACUAACGAUGUUCAGUUUUUUGACUUGCGCCUCCUGUUCUUGCUCACGGCACUUCGCAAGGACGUUCGCCAGCAGCUGUUUGAGGAGCUGCAUGGAGUGCGACUGCUGACAGAUGCGCUGGAGCUGACACUGGGAGUGACAAAAGAAGGGCACCCUGAGUGCCUUCCUGUCCAGGAGACUGAGAGGGCCAUGGAGAUUCUCAAGGUGCUCUUCAAUAUCACCUUCGAUUCUGUCAAGAGGGAUGUGGAUGAGGAAGAUGCUGCCCUUUACCGACACCUGGGGACCCUUCUGCGACACUGUGUGAUGGUCGCUGCUGCUGGAGACCGCACAGAGGAGUUCCACGGACAUACAGUGAAUCUCCUGGGGAACUUGCCACUCAAGUGUCUGGACGUCCUUCUCACUCUGGAGCUGAAAUCAGGCUCCCUGGAAUUUUUGGGAGUAAACAUGGAUGUGAUUUGUGCCCUCCUCAGUUUCCUGGAGAAACGUCUGCACCAGACACACAGGCUGAAGGAGAGUGUGGCCCCAGUGCUGAGUGUGUUGACCGAGUGUGCUCGAAUACACCGCCCUGCCCGGAAGUUCCUGAAGGCCCAGGUACUGCCCCCACUUCGGGAUGUGAGGACUCGUCCCGAGGUGGGGGAGCUUCUGAGGAAUAAGCUUGUUCGUCUCAUGACACACCUGGAUACUGAUGUGAAGAGGGUGGCAGCUGAGUUCCUAUUUGUUCUGUGCUCAGAGAGUGUGCCCCGUUUCAUCAAGUACACAGGCUAUGGAAAUGCUGCGGGCCUCCUGGCUGCCAGGGGCCUCAUGGCAGGGGGCCGGCCUGAGGGCCAGUACUCAGAAGAUGAAGACACUGACACAGAUGAAUAUAAGGAAGCUAAAGCCAGCAUAAAUCCAGUGACUGGGAGGGUAGAAGAAAAGCCACCUAACCCCAUGGAGGGCAUGACAGAGGAGCAGAAGGAACAUGAAGCCAUGAAGCUGGUGAACAUGUUUGACAAGCUUUCCAGACACAGAGUUAUACAGCCUAUGGGGAUGAGCCCCCAGGGGCAGCUCACAUCCUUGCAGGAUGCUAUGUGUGAGACCAUGGAGGGACAGCUCUCAUCGGACCCUGACUCAGACCCUGACUGAGACGGCCACUCUUCUCCUUCAGAACCGGUGCUGCUUCCAGAGAUGUCCUUGGGCCAUGACCCCAGGAAGUUACAUCCUUCUCUCCAGCUGGGAGACCUCUUCCUCUUUUCUCCCAAGAAUCUGUUCAUGCUUUGCCACUGGUCCAAUUUCUUCUCUCUAGACCCGUGAGGGAUUUGUCCUGCUGUAACUGGGAUGUUUGGAAAUGAAAUGUUUUCCUUUA